AUGGAGCAGGAAAAACAACGAUUCUGUACAAAAUGCAGGUGGGAGAAGUUAUUACAACGGUGCCGACAAUCGGGUUUAAUAUGGAGACAGUUCAGUACAAAAAUAUUAAAUUUAAUGUGUGGGAUCUCGGAGGACAAACAUCAAUUCGGCCGUAAGCAUCUUUAUACAUAUACAGUAGCUUAUACGUGCAGUUAUUGGCGCUGUUAUUAUACAGGGACACAAGCAAUUAUCUAUGUGAUUGAUUCGACAGAUAUACAUCGCCUUUCAGCGACGGCAAAAGAGCUUCAAGCAAUUAUGCAGGAAAAGGAGCUUAUGGAUACAGAUUUACUAGUUUUUGCAAACAAACAGGACGCACCAAAUGCAUUGAAUGCAUCAGAAAUAUCGGAAAAACUUGGGCUUACGGAGAUGCGUAAUAAAAACUGGACAGUUAUAUCGACAAGUGCGAUUACGGGAGAAGGGCUUGCAGAAGGACUAGAUUGGCUUGUUAAUUCAAUCAAAAGUCAAACCAAUACAAUGUAG